GAGAAGCAUGGGAAACAAAGCCUUAUCCCAUGACAGCAUCUUCAUGUUGGAGACUGAGUCUGAAAGACCAGCAAGUGAAAGGUGCACUUCUACAGAAUCUCAGCAAGGCAGAUUUCAACAGAUAUCUCUUGCUUCCAGAAGUCUGCCUAGAACUGGGAGUAGUGAUAUGCAUGGAGCUGUGUCUGGAGCUGUAUUUGGAAUGGGACCCCAAUAUAUACCCAGAAGUGGAAUCUGGAUUGGGGGUUCUGAGAUUACUGAGAGCUUCUCUGAGCUAUCAUCUGGACCUGAUCACUCACAGUCCUCGGCUGCCUUUGCCAUGUCUGCCUCUCCUGGCAGCACCCAGAUGCCCAUUGGUUUCAGCACCCCAGCCACCACCCAGGGCUGUUUGGAUUCUUCAGCUGCUCGACACAAGAUGGCUUUAAAUCCCAGGAAACAAAAGAAGAAGAAGAAUCGUCAAGCGCCUGUGAAGCCAAAGCAGGAUGAGCCAAGCUUUCCACUAAUUUCUGAAGAAAAUCGUGUAACCAAAGCAGAAGAAACUGACCAAAAGAAGCUGAAAAGAUACAGUACAGGUCUCUUGAGUCAGGUACAGAGCAAGAAAACUGAGGUCGAUGAUAAGAAGACAACAUAUCAGGCUCAAAACACUGAUGUUUUUGCGAGUCUGGGUUACCCCGUGUCAGCAGCAUAUGGACGAAGACGUAGAAGAAAAGGAUCAGGUGCUUCAGGAGUGAGUGAGUGUGGAUCCAAAGGAAGAAGCCUUAAACAAUUCAGUCAAGGACUUGGCCAGAGCAGUAGAGCUGGGUCCUUACCUAAAGAUAUCAGUGCCAGGGAUUUUCAUUACUGGCACCUAACCUUGGAAAAGCAAGUCAUGGAGCAGCCCACAACUCCACAAGCAGAAACCACUACUCCUCAGGAGUUUCUUUCAGAUAUGAAUGUCCUGGGAAAGAGAAAUGUUGGCAUAGAUUUUGAAGCCAGCAAAGCAUCAACACCACAACCCAUUCUUGAAGACAUGGAAGAGUCUAUGAUUGGUAGUCCACUAUCAUAUCAUGAAGACUGGGCUUCUGGAGCCAAGAAGAGAGAAGUCAAAGCUUUUCUGUUACCAAGAGUGGAAAGCCCUUCUAUGACCGAAGAAGAAGCCAUUCUCUCAGUGGCAACAGAGGAUCAGGCAUUUAUGGAUCCUUCUCAUAUUCAGUCAGAACAAGAAGAAGCUUCCAGUCUUGGGUGGCAAAAUGACCAAUUCAAAAUGGAGUCAAGCCAGGAUAUCCCAACUAUAAGCAAGAAAAAGCCUCCUGAGAAAGUUCUCCAGUCCUUUACAGCAAGUGUUUUGGAUAUGACAAGUGCUAUGGUGGAGGGAGGCAUUUCUGCACAGAGGCUCUCUACCAGAAGCCUUCCCCAGUUCUUGGGGGAGUCUGAAGCUGAAGAAAAAUUCUCAGAUUCAAAGAGUACUUCAGAAGAGGGGAGUGGUUCUGAGGAACUGGCUCCCAGUCACUCUUCCCAGUCAUUGGAGAAGCUUGAAGAUGAAAUAGAGAUCUACUCAGAAUCAAGAAGUUCUAUUGUGGAAUUAAGCAGCUCUGAGGAGCAGCUAACUCCAGAAUGCCCUUCCCAGUAUUUAAAGGAGUAUGAAGAUGAAGAAGGUUCUGCAGAAUCAAAUAAUUAUGUUGAAAAGUACAGUAGUACUGAGGAUUGGAGCAGCUCGGAGGAAGAGCCACUUUUCAGACAACCAGCCCAGGCCUUAGGGAAGCCCAAAGACUAUAAAGAAGUCUCCUCAGUUUCAGAGAGCGCUUCUGAAAAGUUGAGUGUUUCUGUGGAGCAACUGACUCCCAGACACUCUGCUCAGCCCAUUGUGAGGCCUACUGUUCAGCAACAAGUCUCUUCGAGUUUGGUGAGCACUUCUGCUGAAUGGAGUGAGUCUGUGGAGCUAAUGCCUCCCACACACCCUUUCCAGCCACGGGUGAGCCCUAAAUUUACACAAGUCUCUGCAGGUCCAGAGAGCACUGCUGCUGAGAGGGUCAUUUCUGUGGAGUCACUGCCUCCCAGAAAGCCUUCUAAGUGCCAAAUGAGGCCUAAAGAUGAGCAGCAAUCCUCCUCAGAAUCAGAAAUUACAAAUACAGAAAGGGUUGUUUCUAUGGCAGCACUGUCUCCCAAGCAUCAUUUUCAGUCCCUGAUGAGACCAGUAGUUGAGCUCUCUGCAGGUACGGAGAGUACCGAUACUGAGGGGAACAUUUCUGUGCAGCCAAGGCCCCCCAGACGCCCUCUCCAGUCACAGGCGAACCCAAAAGUGGAACAAGAAACGUCCUCAUUUCCAGAGAGCAUGGCUGUUGAAGAGAUCAGUUCUAUGGAGCCACCACCACUGAAGCCUCAUUCUCAGCCCUUCAUGAACCCUGAAGUUCAACCAAACAUGUUCUCAGGUUCAGAGGGUAUUGCUGCUGAGAGAGUAAUUUCUGUGGAGCCACUGCUCCCCAAAUAUUCUCCUCAGUCCCUGAUGAAUCCUCAAGUUCAGCAAAUAUCAAAAAGCACUGCAGAUGAGGACAUCUUUGUGGAGCAGCAGCAGUCUUCCGGAGUCCCUUCCCAGCCCUUGGUGAGGCCUAAAUUGCGGUCACAGACAUUUACUAUAGAUUCAGAGAGCACUUCUACAACAUGCAGUGCUUCUGUGGAGCCAACACCUUCCAGACACAUCUUCCAGUCAUGGGUGAACCCUGAAUUUGAGCAACAAGUCUCUGCAGGUCCAGAGAGCACUGCUACAGAAAGAGACAUUUCUGUGGAGCUGACCCCUUCCAGAAUGUCUUCUCAGGCCCUGAUGACACCAGAAGUCAAGCAACCAAUCUCUGCAGGUCCAGAGAAUGUUGCCAUGAAGAAGGACAUUUCUACAGAGCAGCAGUCUGCCAGACAUCUUCCCCAGUCUGUUGUGAGAUGUAAAGUCCAGCAAAUUUCCACAAGUUUUGAGAGUGCUGCCGUUGAGAGGGGAAUAUUUGGGAAUCCACUACAUCCCAAAUAUCCUGCCAAGUCCUCAGUGAGCUCUAACAUUGAGAAAAUAUCCACAAUUCUACAGAACACUGCUGUCGAAGGCAUUUCUAAGAAGUUGGAGCUUCCUAGACAGCCUUCCCGAUCAUAUGUGAAGUUUAUGGCACAGCAGAUCUUUUCAGAGAGUUCUGCUACUGAAAGGGGCACUUAUGCAGACAUUCCGCCUCUAAGUCAUCCUUCCAAACCAUUUUUGAAGCCUAAAGUCGAGCACCAUGUUUUCUCAGAUGAAAAGAGUGCUGACCCCGAGGGAGGCACUUUGAAGAUAUUGCCUACCAAGCGUCCUUUCCAAUCCUUGAAGAAGCUUGAAGAAUCACAAGAAGUUUCCUUGUAUUUGGAGAAUGAUCCUAUGAAGUGGAGCAGUUCUAAAGCACAGAUGCCUCCCAGACGGCUGUCCCAGGCCUCAGGGAAGCCUGAGUACUGGCAAGAAGUCACCUCAGUGUCUGACAGCUCUCCUCAAGGAUGGAAGAGUUCUGAAGAGCAGCUGUCUCUCAGACGCCCUUCACAAGCCUUGGAAGGGUCUGAAUUCCAGCCACAGAAGUUCUCAAUGUGCUCAGCUAAUACACCUGUAGAGCGGAGCGGUCCUGAGGAGCACCUGUCUCCUAGUCACCAUUUCCAGGCUUCUGGAGACCCUGAAUAUCAGCCACAGGUUAAUUCAGGUUCCACAAGUGCUGCUGCUGAGGGAACCAUUUCUGAGAGCAAUCCUGGUAGCUGGUCCCUACCAAACAAAACCAACAAACACAGCCAAGGUUCCAAAGACCUCACUAAGAGCACCCUGCUCCCUGCUACCAAACCUGGGAAAUUCACCAAUCCUCCUGCCUGGCAAGCAUCCACUUCUGGAGGCACUUUAUCUAAGAAGAUAGUUUCUGAGAGUGGUGAUGGAGAUAACAGCUCUCAAAACCUACCCACCAAUGAGGCUGAUAUUGAAAACCUUUUUGGAGUCCGACUAAGAAAAAUCCCUUCUUCACUGAAGUAUAAGAGUGAGAAUGAAGAUAACUCUACCCAGAUUCCUUCACUGCCCGUAGGCCCAGUUACAUCUGCUGAAGGUAAAGAACGCCGAAGCAGAAGCCCUUCUAAGGCACUCCUGGACACUGCAGAGAAACUCACCGAAAUGUCUGAUUCUGGAGAGAAGCAAGAGAGCAGACCCAAAUGUGAAGGCACAGCCAAGAAGCAACCUGUUUACAAGAUCCCAGGAAAGCCUCUUGGUCGACAGUCCGGGUAUGCCGUCUCAGAGCCAGCAUGGAUAACCAUGGUGAAACAGAGGCAGAGGAGUUGCCACACCCAUGUUUUUAUGAAAGAAUCAAAAGCCAAGAGCGGCCCUAUAACCAAGGAUGAGCCGAGAUACGGGGAAGCUGACCCUGAGAAUGAAAACCAGUCAAAAAAGAUUUCAACUUCUGAUGUUUCUAAACAGGAGCAGGUGGCACAGGUGAAGCUACCUAAGUCAACCAAAUCAGUUGGAUUCAAAGAGCAGAAGGCAUGUCAAGCGUCCGGCAUGGCAAGAGAAACCAGAAGAUCUUCAAGUGUCCCAGCUGUGCUGAAACACCCAACUGAGCCAACUGAGCCUGUCUGGUUCUCCCUGGCCAAGAAGAAAGCCAAAGCAUGGAGAGCAAACAAUAAAUAGCUCUUGGGUGGAGCAUUAGCAUUUUAAAUCAUUGCCAAUAGCUGCAUUGAUUCUAUGUAGUGAUUUCUGACUAUGAUCAUUUUUAAUUAAGCAAAAGAACCUUAGCAAUGUGUACUAAACCUUAUAAUUCUUUGAAUAAGAUAAAUGACAUGAAUUGCCUAACUUUCAAUAUAGUUACUACCAGCAUUUGGAAACUCAGCAUUUCCUGUAUAGAAAAUAUAUAGCAUGAUUUCUUUACUGUGAUCAUUUUUGAUUAAGCAAAAACCCUUAGAAAUAGGUAUUAAACCUUAUAAUUAUUUGAGUGAAAUAAAUGCCAUGAAUUGCCUUUUAGUAUAGUCACUGCCAGCAUUUGGAAACCCAGCAUUUCCUAUAUAGAAAGUAUAUGAAGUGAUUUCUUUACUGUGACUAUUUUCAAUUUAAGCAUAAAAGCCUUAGAAAUAGGUAUCAAACCCUAUAAUUAUUAAAAUGAAAGAAAUGCUACGAAUGCCUAACUUUCAGUACAGUCACGGCCAGCAUUUGGCAACCCAGCAUUUCCUAUAUAAAAUGGGAAACAUGUUUGCACUGCUGUAAAAUCACAAAGUCUUCAGACUUUGGUGCUACUUUGUUUAAAUGGAGAUGCAGGCUUGGACACCUCACUGUGCCUUUACCUUCUAAGUGGGGCGUUGCCCUGUGCCACAAAGACCAGAGAAGAAUUUAACCAUGUGGUUCUGGGUUUUGCUGAUGAUGGUAUAUAUAAUGUGACACUGUACAACCACAGGCUGGAUUUUGCAUAUUUUCUAUAAGAUGUGUUUUUCCUGAUACUAUAUCUUUGCCUUUUGGAUAAUGCUAGGUUUUUGAUUGAAUUUUAUUGCCUUUAUAUUCCCAUAGGUAACAGUUCCUUGACCCAGGUAAUCCUGGUAGAUUAGCAUCCCCUUUUCCUCAGAGUGGACCUCUAUUAGACUAUGCUCACUGUGAGAACUCUCCAUUAAUAAUUUCUUUUUCAUGGAAAACAACAAACAUGUGUUUUUAAAUUAAGAGGUUAAGUUUUAAGAAAGCAUGUCUAGGGCCACAUUCUAACAUGUUUUUAGCU